AUGUCGUUGUCGUUGUCGUCGCCCUGUCACCCUGUCGCCAUCCUUGCCAUUGCCCUGUCGCCAUCCUUGCCAUCACCCUGUCAUCAUCGUCGUCACCCUGUCAUUGUCACCCUCAUUGUCACCAUCAUAGUCACCCUCAUAGUCACCCUCAUAGUUGUCCUCAUAGUCAUCCUCAUUGUCGUCCUCAUUGUCGCCCUGUUGCUGUCCUCAUCAUUGCCCUGUCCUUGUCCUCGUCGCCCCAUCCUCAUCCUCCUCAUUGCCCUGUCCUUGCUUGAAGAGGAAGGGUGGAUGACGGGCGAGACGAGGUCUGAAUGUUACAUGGCACAAGUAUGA